AUUUUUCUAGUAACAAACUCACAGAAAAAAAAACUUCUCUUUUUUAUUAUAAACGAAUGAGCUCAUUCAACAACACCAUCAAUGACAAUGGAGGUUAAAGAAUAGAAUCUCAUCUCACUAGUAAAAAUUAAAAAUUUGGGGUGUAUUAAUUUUUUAUUGAUUUUGUUUCUGUUUUUGUUAUCACAAUUUAAACUUAUGCCAUUAGUAGCUGCUUAAAAGAGAGAGUAAGUAAAGAGGAGGAGGAGAAAACCAAAAAUUCUGAAGUGUCUGUUUUCUUUCUUAACUAGACUAGAUCUUGUUAUUGUUUUGAAAUCUGGGUUCUACUUGAUUCACUUCAGAAACCUAGAAAACCCAUGAUUUGAUCACUUCUUUCUCUUUUCUGUUCAGAUGUCAUGUCUGUCUUGUUUACUCUGUUUCUUUUGCAAUGUGAUUAAUUAGUGAAGGCAAUUAUUAUUAUAAUUCCAAAGUGAGAUUUUUUAUCGAUUUUCUGAUCUGGGUUUUUCUCAAUUUUGAAGUUAAAGAUUAGGUUUUUUUGUUUCAGUUUGUUUUUUCGAUGGAUGAAGAUCAUGAGUUUAAGCAUGUAUGUAAGUACUGCAAGAAAAGAUUUCCAUGUGGAAGAUCAUUAGGUGGUCAUAUGAGGUCUCAUAUGAAUACAUCAACUGAAAUUGAAGAAGUAAACAACACUUUCAUGGUGGGGUAUGAUCAAAACGGUACUGCUCAUACUGGUUAUGGACUUAGAGAAAAUCCUAAGAAAACAUGGAGGUCAGUUUCAGAUUCUACAAAAAGAGGAAAUUUCAUCGGUGACAACACUUGUAAAGAAUGUGGAAAAGGGUUUCAAUCCUGGAAAGCUUAUACGAGUCAUUUGAAAUCAUUUCACUCACAGAUGUAUGAUGAAAAGUCUCUGAGCAUAGUAGUAUAUGGAGGAGGAGGAAAAGAAGUUGAACAAGUUGAAGACGAAGAAGAAGAAGAUUAUUGGAGUGAUCGUGAACUUGAAGAAAAUCAGAAUCUUGUAAUGGAUAGUCAAUCUGAUAAUGAAGCUACAGCACCAAAGAGGAGGAGAUCAAAGAGAACAAGGUACAAGAAUACUAAUACUAUAAUCACUCCUAGUACUAAUAAUAAUCAUAACAAUACUACUUCUUGUUUAUCUGUUGAGAAUUCUUCAGUUUCGGAGAUUUCGAAUGAACAAGAAGAAGUAGCUAUGUCUUUAAUGAUGUUAUCUAGAGACUCUAGUGGUUAUUCUCGAAGUGAAUUGAACUGUUUAGUUGAAUCUUCAGAUAAUAAUUCUUUGUUUUUAGAAGCUAAAUCAUCCAGUUUAACUAAGAGGGCUAGUGAAAAUGAGCUUAACAAUGUCAAUUUGAAUGAGAAGAAGAAGUUAAAAGGUAAAAAGAAACUGGGUGUUACUCGAUUUGAUGGUAAAAGAUCUGAAUUAGGUGGUUGUUAUGGUUCUGGGUUUUCGAGGAAUGGUGAAUUGGAAGUGUCAGCUUCAUUUGGAGAAGAAGGUGAGUUUAAGAGGCCUAAAUUUGAUGAUGAGCUUGAGAACAGUUCUUAUACUAGAAAUAGAGUUAAUAGUAAGAGUGCUAGAGCUGAAUUGGGGAAGAAUUUGAUCAGGGAAGGUGAGAAUCAGUCUAGUUUCAAGUAUGGGAAGUUCAAUUCAAGCAAGAGAGCUAAAUCCGACUUGUACGAAGACGAAUUUGACAGGGUCUCGAGGAAGAAAGCGAAAUACGAUGGUUCGGAUUCUGAAUUUUGCAAAUCUUCUUCGAAGAAAAGCAAAUACAAGUGUACUACUUGCAACAAGUACUUCCCUUCUUACCAAGCUCUUGGAGGCCACAGAGCUAGUCACAAGAAAAUCAAAGGUUGUUCAGCUUCGAAAGUAGAUUUCAGUGAAACCAGCUUUGAGACUGAUCUUUCUCCUGAUCCUACAGCUGACAUCAAGUCCUGCAACAAUGACAAUGUGAGUGUCUUUGAAGUUACGGCUAGUGCUGAAACUAGUCCCGCACUGAAGAAGAAUAAGCAUGAAUGCCCCAUUUGCUUCAAAGUUUUCUCAUCUGGGCAAGCUUUAGGUGGACAUAAAAGGUCACAUUUGGUUGGUGGAUCUGAUACUAGGAGCACUCCAACCAUAGUACUUCCGCAGAAGUUACCAGUAAUGCGAGAUCUCCUCGAUCUUAAUCUUCCUGCACCGAAUGACGAAGAAACUAAUACCGGCGACAUGGGUUAUGAGCCUUGGUGGGUUGGGAACAGCCACAAACAUGACCAGUUAGUGGGUUUGAUCUCUAACUGAGAGAAAGUUCCUACUGAAUUCAGCUAUUCCAACGAAAAUGCAAGAGUGUACAGACAACAAUAUUGGUGGGGAGAUAUUAUUUCAUUAAUUCUUUACAGUUUCACAGAUAAAAUCCUUCAAAGGUAACAACAAACAGUCCUAUUGCUACUUUUCUUUAGUAGCAUUUCUUGUUUUUGGUUUUCUUCUUGGAUAUUACUUUUUCCGUUGUUCUUAUUUCAACUGAAAAUAAAACACUACAACAGUAGAGUUUAUUUAAGCUCAUAGAUGUUACUCAUAUAGUUACAUAGAUAUUUGUCUCAGUUCCAAACAUUGUCACUACAAUGAGAUUUUAUAUGUUGUUUUCUUAUUAUUAUACCUUUAAUAUAAGCCGAAUUGUUUACUUGUUUAUGAA